CCAGAGUAGCGGAUUUUGGAGUAGCUAAGGUGGUUGAUGCAACUGGUUGCGAUGAACACAGUAAAGCUCCUCCUUGUACCGGGUGGAUAGAAUUGAUGGCUCCAGUUUUCUCUCAAGCUGCCUGGCGUUGCGUAUGGUAUAUGAUCCAGAAUAACUUGAUCCAUGCUUAGGGACUAGAUAUGCAGCUUGGCUAUUGUGCACAGGGUAAUCGAAUGAAGAAAAUUGGUGUCGUAGAUGCUGAGUACAUAAUCCAUUAUGGCCGCCCUACUUUGGGAGGUCCGGACGAAAAUGAGAAAUUACCUCAGUCUAUUGCAAAGGACCAUAGAGUUGAUGUGAGGAGGGAAUCCUACAACGAAAUGAAGAUCUUCAGAAGAAAAUGGGAGCGUGCUGCGAAGAACGAUGAGUGUUGGAUUGAUCCAUACCCUGUUAACAGUAGCCGGCACUAAGCAGUGAAGUUCAGAAGUUGGUGUAAAACUAGUAUCAUACAUUUUCAAAGUCCAAACAUGCAAGUCUCUGAAUGUUCUUGUUUUUGUACAUUGUACACGUUGGAAAUGUAAAUCAUAUAGCUUAAAGAUGAAAAGGAAUAAGUAAGAAAUCAACUCCAUUUGAAUGUCC